AUGGGCUCUAAGCAUAGUAAAGUCCAAGCCGUCAACAUCGACUUCAACGCUCAGCCGUCGGGCGAGGAGUCUGACCUCCACAAAAAGUUGGUCGAGGUCACUAGUAAGACGGCGGACAUCCUCGACAAGAUCUCGAACUAUAAGGCAAAAGAGGCUGAGAUCCGUUGCGCCAUUGCAACGCCAUCAGCCGAAACGGAAGAAGCUGCUUGGCGCGCUAUUAUCCCACAAGUCCAGUUGAUCAACAGUUUCUUCGAGUUUUCGCGAAGCAUGAAAACACAGUUUUCGGAGGCGAUGAGUGUUGUGAGCCGCACUAAUGGGACUCUGUCGGUCACAAAUCUUCAGGCGACAACCGUCCAAAUCAUGGAGUUAAUCGAUUUCGCGAUUCAAUUUGACAACAAGAAACUCAUGAACCCGGGACUGCAAAACGACUUUUCGUACUACCGCCGGUCUGUCGGGAAAAUGAAACAGAAACACCGCGAAGAUGUUGUACUAAGAGAUGAUGUUACAAAUCAGAUAUCAAUGUUUUUUGCGUUUGCUGCGCCAAUGGUGCUAUGUUUAAGUGAGACUGCGACAGAGAGCGUGAAGGGUGGGACCAAUUUGGAAAACUUUGCGUCGUUCCUCAGUGUGGUUGCAAGCUCUUGUUGUGGCAGUGCAAUGGUCAAAGGACAAGACGCGGUGAAAAACUUACGAAUUAUGACUGGGUGUAUACUCUUGUAUGACACUGUUGUUCCAACUGGUGUUUUUAACACAAAAGGCAAAUUCAAUAUUCUUGACUGUGUUAGGGCUUUGAAAGGGUUUGAAACAAAUAGAGACGAAGUGGACUUGCUUGUCAACGCACUCAAGUUCUCAACCAAGCAUUUUAACGAUAGCGACACACCCAAGAACGUACUUGCGCUAUUGCUCUAG